UAUGGCAUCUCCUGACCCUUCCCCCAUUUUGUUUCCGGCCUGUAUAGAGCUCAAAGCCAAAGCAGAGUGACCUGGAGGAUUCUUCUCCCUGACAGAGAAAAUGGCUGGGAAUUUUGCACAGCUAGAAUUGUUGAUAUUGUGGAGUAUACUCAUUGAAACUGCCGGUCAGAAAUUGCCGCUAGGUUUUAGAUACGGCUCUUAUGAAGUGACCAUCCCCCAAAAACUAACAACAAGAUAUGGACAAGAAGACCCUCAACGUAUCAGUUACCUGUUGCAGAUUAAAGGGGUGGGUCAUAUUGUGCACCUCAGGCAGAAGAGAGACUUUGUCUCUAAACAUUUCCCUUUCUUCACGUAUACUAAGAAUGGGGAGCUCCACGUAGAUUAUCCAUUCAUCAGGAAUGACUGUUUCUACAGUGGUUUUGUACAAGACAACCCUCACUCGCUGGUCACCCUCAGCACUUGCUCAGAGGGACUCAGUGGUCUGCUGCAAUUAGGAAAUGAAACCUAUGAAAUUGAGCCUGUCCCAUCAUCUAUUACCUUCCAACAUGUGGUGUAUCGGUUGGAAGAAAAAGAGGAUGCUGUCCCCAUGAGAUGUGCACUAACAGAGGAAGAGCAAAGUCAUCAAGGAGCCAUGAUCCCAAACAGAGAGAUGUUAGAAUCCAGAGGUUCUAAAGAAGACUGGUGGACACACACCAGGUAUGCAGAUAUAGCAAUUGUGGUUGAACACAAACGUUUUAAAAAGUUUGGCAGAAAUGAAACUUUAACUGGUAUACAUAUUCUAGAGAUUGUCCAUAAUGCGAAUACAUUCUAUGAACCUCUUGGUGUUGUUUUGUCUGUAGCUGGACUGGAGAUAUGGACAGAAAGUAACCUCAUAGUGAUUGCUGAUGAGAUAAAUGUGCUGCUAAAUAAUUUCAACAGUUGGAGAACAAACACACUAAAUAAACAUCUACCAAACGAUGCUGCUCAUCUAUUUGUACAUAAACUUUAUGGACAUUCAGCUGGAUUAGCAUUCACAGGAACCAUUUGUAGCUACUACUGGGCAUCUGCUGUUGAAGCUUAUGUGGGUUUCAGUGUGCCCUUUUUUUCUGUUCUAUUUGCACAUGAACUAGGACACAAUCUUGGCAUGAACCAUGAUGGAAAAUACUGUAGCUGUGGGCAAAAAUCCUGCAUUAUGUCUGCAGUCCCUGAAAAUGUUGACAAGUUUAGCAAUUGCAGCUAUAAUUCUUAUUUCAAACUAAGGAAUUCCCAUUGCUUGUUAAAAGCUGCACAUCCUGACACUACAUUUAAACUUGAAUACUGUGGCAAUAAAAUAGUGGAAAAGGGAGAGCAAUGUGAUUGUGGUUCCAAAGCUCAAUGUGAGUUGGAUUCAUGUUGCCAAUCUGAUUGUAAAUUGCGCUCAGGUUCUACUUGUAAUAUAGGGAUGUGCUGUGCCAAAUGUCAGUAUCUUCCUGCUGGAACUGUCUGCAGAGAGAAGACAAGUGUCUGUGAUCUUCCUGAGUACUGCAAUGGGACUUCAGAAUGGUGCCCUGAUGAUUUUUAUGUACAGGAUGGUGCCCCAUGCAAAGAUGGUGCACAUUGUUAUCAUGGGGAUUGUACAACUCACAAUGAACAGUGCAAAGUGAUCUUUGGCAAGAAAGCAACGGUUGCUACAGAGAAUUGCUUUAGAGUACUGAAUGCUCGGGGUGACCGCUUUGGCAAUUGUGGACUUAUAAAUGGGGUUUAUAGCAGAUGUAAGGCUGAGAAUAUUCUGUGUGGACGCAUUCAGUGUGAUAAUGUCAAGAAAUUGCCUUCCCUAGAGGAAGACAGUACCAUAAUUCAAACAUUCCUUGGCAGAAGUCGUUGUUGGGGUACAGACUACCACCUUGGAAUGGACACAGCUGAUAUUGGAGCAGUGAAAGAUGGCACCCAUUGUGGCAUUGGCAUGCUAUGUCUUGGUGGGCAAUGCAAGAAUAUAUCCAUCUUGAAUUAUGACUGUGAUGUUAAAAAGUGCCACAAUCAUGGAAUAUGCAACAGCGCCAAACAUUGUCAUUGUGAUUAUGGCUGGGCUCCUCCUGACUGUCUAGGGAAAGGUUAUGGUGGCAGCAUUGACAGUGGACCAGCUUUGCAAGAUAAGAGUGGUAUCAUUGCAGGAACUAUUGUAGGAACAUUGUUUGUCCUUAUGUCUACUGUUGGUCUGUGUAUAUAUCACAGGAACGUAUUGAGAUAUCAUUUGAGAAGAAUGAGUUCAAAUAUCUAUCCAACACAAUCCGUGUUGGAAUGAA